AUGGAAUCCUCGAGUAACAAAAAGCGACUCCGUUCCGACUCGGACGAGUCCGAGUUCAACUCACCGGAGGCAAAGAGAAUCCGAGAUGACCUUCUCGACACUCUAGACGACUCCGACGUGUGCACCGUCGGUGACGACCUCGACUCGUUUAUAAAAAGCUUCGAAGACGAAAUAUCUCCUCCGCCGGAGACACUCGACCAGGCCUCCGAGUCCGGCGACUCUCGCCCGGAUCUCGAGUUUCUCCUCGAGGCAUCCGACGACGAACUCGGACUCCCUCCGACGGAGACGACACCGACUGAGUCGGAAAGGAUAGAGGUAUCGACUGAGUCGGUUGAACUCGGGGAGUUUUCUUGGGUAGAUGAUGAAAUCCCGAACUAUGAAUCGUUCGAGUAUGGAUUUGAUUACGCCGCCGGUGAUGUUAAUGUUAACAACAACCAGAAUGGUGAAUACGUGGCUUUAGAGGGUUUGUUUGAUUAUACAGAUCUAGGAUUUGGAUCGGCCGAUAUGUCAAGGCUGCCGGAAUCGUUGCCGGCGCAGUGA